CAUGGCGGCGUGGGGCCCAGCCACAGCAACGGUUCUGCUCCGCGGGAUCCGCGGGCUUCCUCUUCGCUGUGCCCAUGGCACGUUUGCCUCUCAGACCGAGGGGGAGCUCAGGGUGACCCAGAUGCUGAGAGAGAAGUUUCCUCCAGCCACAGCUAUCAAAGUUACCGACAUCUCCGGGGGCUGUGGGGCCUUGUACGAGAUCAAAAUCGAGUUGGAAGACUUCAAGGAGAAGAGAACCGUCCAGCAGCACCAGAUGGUUAAUCAGGCACUCAAAGAAGCAAUCAAGGAGAUGCACGGCUUGCGGAUAUUCACCUUGGUCCCCAGAUGCUGA